GACGAGAGCGCUGAAUCCGCUGCUGCAGCAGGAGUCGCUCUGGAUCCUGCUGCAGCAGCAGCAGCAGCAGCAGCAGCAGCAGCAGCAGGGGAGUGCGGCGUGCCCGUGUCUCGGGCGCAAGCAGCAGACCCAGGGGCCCCCCUUCCUGCUGCUCCCCUAUCGAUGCGUCCGCUGGCUGCGGCCUCAGCAGCAGCAGCAGCAGCAGCAGCAGCAGCAGCAGCAGCAGCGGGGCCGCUGGUGGUGCUGGUGAAGGACGACGAGGAAAUAUGGAAGGAGUGGGAGGGUUUGAGGCUUUUGGGAGAGGGGGUUUACGGAAGGGUUUACUUGGUUAGAAAUAGAGAAACAAAAGAGACUUUGGCAUUUAAAAGAAUGUACUUGCAUGCGCGGAAAAGAGAGACUUUGUCACAGCAGCAGCAGCUGCUGCUGCAGCAGCAGCCCGACGCAGAAGCAGCAGCAGCGGCGCGCGGCGGCGGGGCCCUCCCCGCCGUGCUGCAGCGCGAAGUCUCCGUGCUGCGGGCCCUCAAAAACAAACAAAACAUUAUACCCUUAAUUAGGGUUUACAUCGGCAGCCACAGAGCUUAUUUAGGGUUUCCUUUUAUCCAAGGGGGGACCCUUGCCGAUUGUCUCCGCUGCUACGCCUCCUGGGCCGAGUACCUCCGCAGCAGCGGCAGCAGCAGCAGCAGCGGCAGCAGCAGCAGCAGCGAGUUGGGGUCCCCGCAGGGGGCCGCGUCGGGGUCGUUUUGCCCCUUGGCGACCUGCAGCUGCUUCUGCCUCUCGGAGCCGCCGCCGGCGCCCCCGCAGCAGCAGCAGCAGCAGCAGCAGCAGCAGGAGUGCUGCGUGUCUGCGGUUUGCUGCUGCCCCUGCGCGCGCUGCGUCCCCCCCUGCGGGCUGCCGCUGGGCCUCUGCAUGCGCAUUGCCUUCGCGCUGCUGCGGGGCCUUUUUGCUGCUCACAAAAGAAGAGUUGCUCACAGAGACAUAAAGCCCGACAACAUUCUUCUGGGCUGGCAGCAGCUGCCGCAGCAGCCAGCAGCAGCAGCAGCAGCAGCGCACGCCCACAUGCGCAAAACUCUGAAGAAAGUUGGAGAGGCCAAAAGCAUAAAAAGCAUGCGGCCUUGG